GGUGUCGUCAUGCGCCCUCCUUCUCUUGAGGCGCGGGAACAUCUGGCGACAAGGCGACGACAGUGUUACCCCCCCACUUGACAACGCCUUCACCCCCACCAUGUCGGAGGGUGGCUGCACCGGCGGCGAACACGACCACUACCCCGCUGGAAGAAAUUGGCGGGCACGUAUGGGAGUCCAAUCGCCAACAGAUGCGGGGACCGACCACUGAGAACAUAACGAACGGGGUGUCCAUGAUGCGUGUUGGAAGCGAUGCAAGUGCGGACGACAACCGGAGGGCGACUAGUGACGAAUCUUCGGAUUUUCAUUGCGAGGACGAAGCGGACAAUGCGGAAGAGUUGGAGAUUCGACCCUUGGGUGUGCGUGGUAGAGGGAGGGGUGGAUGCGGGGGUCAACAGAAUCGGGGAUCCCGUGGUGGUCGAAUAUCGAAGGCUCCUGCACGCGACAAGGGUGGCAAACAUUCGACUUGGAGUGUUGAGGAGAUGAUGAAGCUCGCUCGGGCGAAGCGAGAUCAGCAAGCUCAUUUCGCUGGGAUGUCGCACAACUACGGGCGCAUGCGCAACAGGGAAUGGAAGUUGCAAGACCUGCAGAAGCGUUUGGUGGAGGUGGGCGUGAAGAGGACUACCGACGACAUCGGGAAGAAGUGGGAUAACCUCUUCCAGCAGUAUAAGAAGGUGCAACGAUACCGGAACGCCUCCGAAGGGAAGAACUUCUUCAACUUGACGCCCAUGUUGAGAAUGGAUGAGCGAUUUCUGGAGGCGGCGGGGUGGAGAGGAAGAAGGCGGUCGAGAGGCACGAUCCUGGCGUUCCAUCCGUAUAAGGUGGGCGGUCUGGAGGUCCUCGAUGGUGAAUUGGGAGGGGUCGAGAGAGGCAGUGUCGAAGUCGUCAUCGGAGGUGGGUUGAGUGGUGUUGUUAUGGAAAAAGAGGGGGCAGGAGGGAGCGGGCGCGGACUGGUGAUGGGGGUGGAGGAGUCGAUCRUGGUGAAGCAUGCGAGAGAGGAGGUCAGCAAGGGGCAUGUYGGGUUYGUGGGCGAGGGCGGUGGCAAGAUCUUUGUGGCAUACUCGCUUGAUGCGGGAGAUGAACGMAAAGUCGGGAAUGACGGUGGUGGGGAGGUGAUGGCGGAGGGAGCGGAUGUAUUGGACGAAGCGGUCUGUGGGACCGGUUUGGCGGAGGUGGCAGAAUUGUUCGAGGUAGUCGCCAAUGGUUUUCUGGGGGCGGAAGGUGGCAGCGAGAAGUUUGGCCCAUUGGAGGAAGGAGUGACGUGGUCCUCCAGAGGCUCGGCCAUUGCUGACUUCAGCCAUCCACCAUUUGGCGGCAUUGCCGAGGAGGCGGGAGGUGGCAAUGGGGAGCCAGUGGGCAAUGGGCAUGUGGUGGAGGUGAAAAGAGUUUUGGAGUUGGGUUAGGAAGAGGAAAACUUCCUCGUGGGGAAGGCUGGAGAAGGACAUGAUUUUGCCGGAUCGGAAGGAAUGGGGGAUUUCCCCGUCGCGGUGAACGAUCUG